GAUUUCUCCAUGAGCAAUGUUUGUAUAUAUAAGACCAGAGGAAGUUCUAUCAUGGAAUCAUCAUCAACAUCUUCAUCAUUCAGCAAUACAGCAACUUCUACAAAGCGACAGCAAUACCAUCACAUCUAAUUUCCAGCAAACUUCAUUUCUAUCCACAUAUCGUCAAAAUGCUUGAUGCUCAUGGUUGGGUCUCUGUCGCGGAACUCAUAAUUUAUGUGCCAGCGCUAUUCGCUUCUGUCUUCAUCUGCACUCGACAUGGCUUCCGCAGAGGUUCGGGUUGGAUUUAUACCUUGAUUCUCUGUCUUAUCCGCAUCAUUGGUGCUAUCUGCCGACUUGUAUCCUACCAUGAUCCUUCAACGGGGCUUUACGUCACCAUAGCUGUUCUGGACUCUGUCGGUCUGAAUCCAUUGCUCCUUGCAACAUUGGGAUUGCUCUCUCGAUUUGUCGAUUUCAUCCAUGGACAGACGAAUUGUCUAAUCACCGCCACUCACAUCCGCGUUGUCGGCCUCGUCACCAUCGUUGGCCUGAUCCUCUCCAUCGCAGGCGGAACAUCCAUCAACUUCCACCCAGACGGCAGCUACAGCAUUCCGACCACCAGCAAAGCCGGCGUCGCACUCUACUGCGUCUCCUUCAUCGCCCAAGUCGGCCUCCUGAUCCUGACAAUCGGCAAAGUCUCCUACGUACCCUCCAAAGAACGCCGCGUCCCAUUCGCAGUCAUGAUCGCCAUGCCGUUCAUCCUCGUCCGUCUCAUCUACUCCAUUCUGUCCAUUUCCGUGUCGAACCAUCAUAUCUUUGGCAUGAUCGGUGGAAAUGUGGUUGUUUGGGUCUGCAUGUCUGUCAUUGAGGAGAUCAUUGUCAUCUAUCUCUACGUUAUCCUUGGUUUCACUCUGGACAAAUUGGACCCAGCUCAGGCUGGUCCUAUCAUGAAUCCACCUCCGAAGGUGUCGAGGAAGGAGAGGAGGGCAAACCAAUAUGAAAUGAGUGGCUACCAGGUAAAUGAAGCUUACUAUCCCAAGCCAAGCGAGUACGGCAAUGGAGCGAGUGAGCAGGGUGUUGUUAACAGUCAUGGUCAGACAGUUCCCGCGACCGAUGCGUACUCUGGGAGAGUUUAACGAGGUUACAUUGGUGUACGGCAUCUUUUAUACCUUUUAUUUAUAGAGUUCAUGAUUUUCAUUGAUGGGCCUUGUACGAUUAGAUGCAUUUUAUGAGCGUUAGAGUUUUGUAUCGUCAUGAAUAUAUUCUUAAA